UCGCCUUCCAAAGUAGGCCGUCCACAUUUAUCACCUCUCGCAACAAAAACAGCUUUACUUCCAACAAUCCUAAUCCCCAAAUAAAGCAACCUAAAACAACCAAAACAGACCUUCCAAUUCCAAACAUUCAUUCAUUAUCACAACCCAUUUUCUUCUCCAAUCAGUUUUUCUCCUUAAAAAAUCUUUAUUCUUUGUCCAAUUCCAUUAUUUCUUCAUCUGGGUACAUGGUGGAAUCCGAUAACAGGCUCGAUAUGUCAAGCAAAAGCUUUAAUCGAUCCGUUACCAUGCAACCCACCGCUGAUUCUAAACCUAAACUCAAUUAUGCCUCUCUUAAUCGGGCUGUUUCCAGCAACAGGUUUUACAAUUCCGUGGGAUCAGCUAGCAAUUCUUUCAAAGGUAAGGUCAAACAACUCUGCAGUUUAUUUGAGACAAAAAAACCCCCAAAAGCUACAAAUUUGAUCGAAGCUGAGACUCAAAAUGUGAAAUCUUUAAAACCCAUGAAAUCUUUAUGUUAUAAUGAUGAAUCUUCGAUUAGAUUACCGGGUACCCAGGAUCGGAUUGUUGUGUAUUUGACGAGUUUGAGAGGAAUUAGAAGAACUUAUGAGGAUUGUUAUGCGGUUAGGAUGAUAUUUAGAGGGUUUAGAGUUUGGGUGGAUGAGAGAGAUAUUUCGAUGGAUGCGGCCUAUAAGAAGGAGUUGCAGAGCAUAUUUGGGGGGAGGAAAGUGGAUUUGCCACAGGUUUUUAUAAGGGGAAAGUAUGUUGGUGGAGCUGAUGUUUUGAAAAGUAUGUUUGAAACUGGUGAAUUGGCUAGGGUUCUUGAAGGAUUUCCGAGACAACAACUGGGGCAGGUUUGUGGGACUUGUGGAGAUGUGCGGUUUGUGCCUUGUGAUAUUUGUAGUGGGAGUAGAAAGGUGUUUGAUGAAGACGAAGACAUGCGUAAACGGUGUCUAGAAUGUAAUGAAAAUGGCUUGAUCAAGUGCCCUGAUUGCUGCUCGUGAGUUUCCCUUUCCAUCGACAUGGCCAUCGUGUUUUUACUGCUUGUGUGCUUGCAUUUAGUUCUCUUUUAUAUAAAUAUGGAUUCAAAUGGCCCUUUGGAUUCAUUGAAGGUGUUUUCUUUUGUGUUCACCGACUUAGUAACAUUCAGAUAUUGUUUGCUGUCACAUAGAUCAGCGCCAUGAAAUAAUGUUUCUGCUUUCUUCAAAUUAUUAGGGAGAGUAUUUCUCCUGAGUGGGAUGUAAAUACUUUAGUGUUUUGUUACUGUAAUGGGGUUGAAAAAUGUUGCUAAAGAUGUAUUUUAAUCAAAUGGGUUUGUUUUUGUGCCCAAAUUCCUUUCGAAAAGGGUGGUAUUUUAAUUCAUAUGUAAAGAUUCUGGUUUGUUUAUGUCAAAUUACUCAACCAUA